AUGGCGCACCUGCGUACCGCGACCGAAUCGUCCCAUGCCUCGUCAUUUCCUUCUCGAUGGGAUCCGCACGCCAAUGAAGCAACAUUGGCCCACGCGAGCCCUUCCAGCUUCACAAUCUCCCAGUCCCGGCUAUCGGUGCCAGACAGGUUGGCGAAGCGGAGGCCAGAAAGAAAAGGCCCGAGGGACAACCUCUCAAUAUUCUGCAAAAACCUACCGCAGACCCUCGAGGCUUGGCAAACACGCAGCGAGGCUCUCUGUCUCACUACUGCGGAUGGCAUACGGACAGCACUCCGCACGCUUGUGUCAUCGAAUCCCCCAGCAUCUACGUCAGAAACAUCUUUUGACCUGACGACCUUCGAGAAGUAUUUGACGGAAAAGAGAAGGCGCAUCAUUGGCGGGGAUGAAUAUCGAUCGGCUUGUCUAUCUUCAUUUACGGACCUCAUCUUCCUCGGCGAGUGUAGUGUCGCAGCUGAGUUCGGCGUCAGCACAAAACUGCUCGAUCGCGCCGUGAGCGGGUAUCUGUCUACAACCGACAGCAUUUCAAGAAACGUGUCGCAGCAUUAUCGGAAAGUGCCGCGAAAGAUAUCGGAAUGGAUGGACAAGUUGUACAUGACUGGCGGGCGUGUCGCCUUCGAGCUCUUUCUACACGGUAAGCAUCACUGGCAAAGAAGGAUGGGGUCAACGCUAACCAGGUCUUCAGCCAGAAGGUCCAUCUCUAGCUACGACGCUUUAGCACGGUCAACCAACAUCGACACAGCCUUCUUCGACCAGAUACAUAAGAUGAUACCAGACGAGUUGCACAAGAGACACAUUACGGAUCGUGCACUCUAUCUUCCUUUUCUGGUCUGGGCCAGCAUCCUUGUCAACGUCAAGAAAGACUGCUUUGACGAACUCUGCCGCACCUUCCCACUCGCCAACGUCACCUACAACGACUUCGAGCGAUGCCUCUCGUUCCUCACCGAAGGUCAACCUGAGAUAUCUCUCACUCUAGCACAAUCGGCGCGCAACGCCCGGUCGGGUACGGUCGACACUACCGGCCCCAAUACUGCGCGCCUCAAACGCGCCGCGCCCAGUGGUCCGCGAAGGGCUCACAAGCGGCUUCGGGCUGGCCCUCCACAAGGCCCAGUCGGACCGCAGUACACAGCAGAGGGAGAAAUGACGGCCACCACAGAAAGAAGCGCAUCUGACGACCAGAAUGCACGAAAUGUGAGCCGCCAGCGUCCCAGCACUGCGAAUGUCUCACACGACGCAGCCCAGCAGUUUUCGGUACGAGACGACAACGCCGUCCACUUAUCCCCCCCCCAAACGGCCAUCUUCUGCAGUGCCAUGCAUUGCGAUCUUACGUCGUUCGCUGCUGGUCAUGAGCCGCCAGACUGUCCACCGCCAGAGCAGUUCUCAUGCCCUCCAGAACUCCCUACACAAGGCCCUCCACAGGGGUAUGUAUAUGUCGCAGCCGGCAUCGACGUCCCCGUGGCUUCUUGUAAUAUCGGCCAGCUGGAUAAUGCUACGGUCGGUCUCAUGGGUAGCGUUUCUUCCGAGGGCGCUGUACAGGCUUGGACUCCGGAGAGCCAUUGCGGCCCGUGCCCGGGUGGAUUGGGCUGUUCGGCGGCCGGGGCGGGAUCAGUCGGAACCAUAAUCCACACCGGAUCGGGACAGAUAGGUGGGGUUGAGCUAUGCGUUGUACUGUGA